CAGAGACAAGUCCAGAACCAGAACCAGCACCAAGACCGACAGAAGUCACCAGACCAGCAGACAGUAUGCAGUGCAUUCGUUGUCCCACCAUCUUGGUUCUUGUGGCGUUGGUUCUGUGCAGUCCAGGUGUUUUCUCACAGCCCGACAGAGACCAGGACCAGUACCAGAACCAGGAUCUGGACCUGGAGCUGCGUCACCACAGACUGCUGCAACGAGCUCGCAGUGCCGGACUCCUGUCACAGGAGUGGAGUAAACGCGCAGUGGAGGACCUGUUGGCUCAGAUGUCUCUCCCGGAGGCCGACACCCAGCGGGAGGCUGAGGUUGUUUCCAUGGCAACAGGAGGAAGGAUGAACCUGGAGCGGUCUGUUGACCCCCCCAACAACCUGCCCCCCCGCGAACGCAAAGCCGGCUGCAAGAACUUCUACUGGAAGGGCUUCACAUCCUGUUAAGGCCCCACCCAGACCAAUCCCAGAUCACCUGGCCUUCUCCUGAGCGACUGGAUGGACCAAUCAGCAGCUGUGUGGCUGCAGUGUACCUGAAUAAUUAAUGUAAUUAUCAAUUAAAAAGAGAAAUCAA